GCUGUUGGAUGGCUAGAGACUCAUGUGUGUUCUGCAGGAAGGUUCCAGCACACUUGGUCAGUUAGGAGAUGAGCAUGAAGCUGAAGGUUUGAGAGGUCAAUUCGUUCAUGUCAGCAGCGUUAGGUUAUCACAGUGAAGCUAUUGGCAGUCAUUUAUAUGGCACACUCACAUUUCCAUUAGCAGCUAAUUAUUUUUGAUGAGACAUUGUGACCUGAUUGUGCAUCCAUCCUAGCAAGUGAAAUCUGGGACAUCCCAAGUCAACCUAAAAAAGCUUGAUAUAUUAAUACAUCCCAAGUUCACUUUGGAACAAAUGGUGUGAAAAGUCAGUGUCAUGACUGGAGCUGAGACUGAGGAUGAUAUUCCAUUAGGAGAAAGGAAGACUGUGACAGAUUUCUGCUAUCUCCUGGACAAGUCCAAACAGCUCUUCAAUGGGCUAAGAGACCUGCCUCAGUAUGGACACAAGCAGUGGCAGUCCUACUUUGGACGGACUUUCGACGUCUACACUAAGCUGUGGAAGUUUCAGCAGCAGCACAGGCAGGUCCUGGACAGUCGCUAUGGCUUGAAGAGAUGGCAGAUUGGGGAAGUUGCAUCCAAAAUUGGACAGCUUUACUACCACUACUACCUUCGUACCUCAGAAACAAGUUACCUGAACGAGGCCUUUUCCUUCUACUCAGCCAUCCGUCAGCGCUCCUACUACUUUCAGGUCAACAAAGAGGACAGGCCAGAAUUAGUAGUGAAGAAGCUUCGAUAUUAUGCUCGCUACAUAGUCGUCUGUUUACUGCUGAACAAGAUGGACCUAGUCAAAGUUUUGGUGAAGGAGUUAUCUGAGGAAAUCGAAGAUUACACACAGCGAUUCAACACAGAGGACCAAUUGGAAUGGAACCUGGUUCUCCAGGAAGUGGCAGCUUUUGUAGAGGCAGAUCCAGUGGUAGUUCUGAAUGACAACAACUCUGUUGUUGUCACCAACAACCGGCUGCAGGAGGGGAGUGUGCCUCCACUAGAACAAGGCAUGGUGGUUGGGCAGCUCGUCCUUGCAGAUGCACUAAUCAUCGGCAACUGUAACAACCAGGUGAAGUUCAGUGAGUUAACCAUCGAUAUGUUCCGCAUGCUUCAAGCUUUGGAGAGGGAACCAGUUAACCUGGCCACGCAGCCCUCCAAGCAAGGAACACUGGAGCCCAAUGAGAAGCCGGCUAAGAGAGAAAACCCUCACAAGUAUUUACUGUACAAGCCAACAUUCAGCCAACUUUUUACUUUCUUGUCUGCCUCUUUUAAGGAGUUGCCUGCCAACAGCGCCCUGCUGGUCUACCUGUCAGCGACUGGAGUCUUCCCUACAGGCAAUUCAGAUUAUGAAGGCCCAUAUGAUUUUGGAGGAGUUCUCACGAAUACAAAUCGAGAUGUGGUGAACGGAGAGACGGUGCAGAAGAAGAAUCAGGCCCAGAAAGAAAUGCACUGCCUUCAUCCAGGCGACUUGUUUCCUUUCACCCGGAAGCCACUCUUCGUCAUUGUGGAUUCUUCCAACAGCACAGCCUACAAGCAUUUCACCAAUCUGUUUGGCCAGCCUCUGGUGUGCCUCCUCUCACCUACAGUCUACCCCAAGAGUGUGCAAGAUCAGUCUCAGCGAGGGAGUCUCUUCACCCUGUUCCUCUACAGUCCUCUGCUGGCCUUCUCCUCUGUGUGCGGCCUGGACAGCGUUCAGCGAGGCCUCUGGGAACGAGCUCAAGAGUUCCUCCGUAAGGUCUACCGGGACAUCGGCCAGAUGAUUACUCGAUCACGGACCAUAGAUCAAGCAUUUUUGCAAUUCUUUGGUGACGAGUUCCUCCGGCUGCUGCUGAUCCGCUUCGUGUUCUGCUCCGCUGCGCUCCGACUGCAUAAAGUCUUCCGGGAGUCCCAGAGCUUCCCGGAGUCGUACCCUGAGCUCCCUAAACAGGACACGGUGGAGAGCAGCCUUCUACAGAAGCAUAUUUUGGAGCUGGCAACUAUGCUCGAUGUCCAGAGCCUAUUUUGGGAUGAUCCACUGGAAGCCUACUAACAUCUUUGUACAGGGCCAAAUGGCAUCCGUGUACAUACAGACUCACCUGCCAGGGCCCUCAUAGUCUUUUCCUUUUCUACAGGUAAUGAAAACAAGCUCAUGUUGCGCAUUUUACUGUUUACUUAUGGAAGCAAAUGUAGUGCAACAUUAAAAUGUUCACAUGGAUAAGUUUAGUAUAAAGUCCCCAUGACGAGUUUCAGUGGCGUCCUCUUAAAUGUGAUCAGCAUCAUGUCAAACAUCAGAGUGCUCCUCCUGACUGCAUCACAAUGUGAGCCUCCAACUAUAUUCCUCCUCACAGAAUGGUUGGCAGUCUUGGUUUUGUGUUUUUUUAAAUACUAUUUAUUGUUGUUAAUUAGAGGGAUGCUUGUGUAAGCCUAAAAGAUAGAGCAUUGAAACCCCUGGGCAACUUCCUCUAUGUUCAUGAAGGCAAAGAGAGAGUGCUAAACAUCAGUAAAUAUGAAAUCCAUACGCUAGCUUAGAAGCUGAACAACGUCACCAGAAAGGUCAUUACUGGUCUCUGUAAAGCAGCUCAGCGUGUAGCAGGCGGAGGUGCAUGAGGUCAUUUCUGUGGCGUGUUGUCAUCACACACCGUGGUGACGUUAACCAGCAGUCCAUUGGAGACCUUGACUCCAGCGUUGUGUUCUAAGCGUUGUUGCUUUUCCAUAUCACUGUGCGGUGUUUGCAUGCAAAAAGGGCCAGAGAAGAAUCCAUGUAGUUGAGACUCUGAGGCUCCAGAACGGCUGACGUGAACGUGCAUGUGUUGCAUGUGUAGUUGUGUCAGCAGGUGAAGACAAUCUAGUUUGUAACUGAGGAGAUGAAGGAAGGCGUGUGCACACCAACAUGCAUCACUCUGGUAAUUACUUGAAUGACAUCAUCCGUACCCUUUGAUGACGAGCAGUUUGAUCUUGUUAUGGAAUAUCGUUGGCAGUCGGGUCACGUUCCUCACACGUUUCUCACACGUUCCUCACACGUUUCUCACACGUUCCUCACACGUUCUCACACGUUCCUCACACGUUCCUCACACGUUCCUCAC